GCCACCUCACUCUCCCUCAAUUUGUCAACAAAUUCAACAAAACAUAUUUUCGAAUUUCGUAUUCGAUUUCUAGUGCAAUGUGAAACAAUUCACACACAAUUAGCUUAAUAAAAUCCUAAUGCAUCACAAAACACAUCACAAGCGCCAUGGCUGACCCUUUAGUGCUGCGACGGAAGGGCUUCCUAGUCCAGCCACAUACUGAUGAUUAUUACGAAGAAACCAGCAGUUUCAACAAGUACUUCCUGUGUGAUACGUGCAUGAGAAGAUUUGCGCAGAAGUGUAGUCUCGCUAAGCACUUCUCCAGGUGUUUGAAACAGUACGAUGUGAAGUGUAAAUGGUGCAAUAUUUCGUUCAAAAACCAUGGCAACCUCGCGUCGCAUAUCAAGUUUUUGCAUAGUAAUACCAAUAUAGAGGAAGGCAAGAUCAAAAAGAAAGUAGCGCAAACGAAAAAGUAUUACUCAUGCACCGUCUGCGAAGAGCGAUACCAACAGAAGUGGAGACUGGUCCGUCACAUCCGCCUCGCCCACUACAACCUCGAAGCCAAGACGCUCUCCUGCGAACUGAAGAAAGUCAACCAAGUGUGGUUCGAGAAAGUCCUCAACUCUAACACUGUCAUGGAAAUGAAGAAAACUGGGCAAAACGUCCUGGUUAUGCGAAAACUCGGUCCAAACACGGCCAUCAAAGUUCACGAUACAAAUAACCCUGUCACUGAUCUUAGCGAUCUGUACCCUACAAGUGCGGACGAGACUGUUGAAUGCAAUUUCUGCAAGAAGCGGUUCAACAAACGGUGUCUCACUAAGCACAUAGAGGAAAGGCAUUUGAGUGUGCAGCGUCACCACUGCAACAACUGCAAUAGUUCGUUCAAACGCCACUAUCUGUACAUAAGACACGUUUGCAAUAAGACUAGAAAGAGGCGGAGACGGCGGGUUAAUGUUGAACCUGCGGAGCUCGCAGAACAGCUGAAUGCAGUCAGAGAGAGGAUUAAGAAGCCAACAGACUUUCGAAGUAGAAUAUUGAAGAGUUUUGGUAAAAUACACAGGCAUUAAGGUUAUAGAGGAAAAGGACUGGUUUUAGUAGAGAUUGCAGCGAAAAAACCUCAGCUAUUGCUACACGGGUUUGUUAUCGUCAUAGAUUAACGUCACCAUAUCGCGAUUCGCCAUAAAUACGGCUCUGUGAUUGGUGGACCGCGCAGUUAACGAGUUUAUCGACGUCGAUAACGAACCCGUGUAGCCGUCACUAAAAAGGAAUCAGGUUCUUUCGCUCAGACUGUGUACGAAGGGGGAGGCCACAAGAGCGUAAUUUAAAACAUUACGGUCGUGUGGCCUCACCCUAAGGAGUAGGAUGGAAGAAAGAUGUCUAGAAUCUGUUGUGGAUAAAAAGUUUAAUAGCUUCAUCACAAAAACUAGACGCAGGUAAUCACAAGUUCAACAGAUGUUCAAACACUGUUGAACCUUGAGCUUAACUUUUUUGUGGUGAGUAAAGGCCACUUGCACAAACAUAUUAAAUCUAGAUUUAGUGUCAAAUAUCGAUUUAAGAAUCGUCAAUCCAUACAAAUUUAUGGCUUAAAUCGAGAUUUAACACUAAAUAUAGAUUUAAUAUGUUUGUGCAAGUCGCCCUAAGACCAAAAGAAUAUACAUGAUGUUGCAAAAAGGGUAAGUAUGCUAAGCCGAAAAGGGGUGACCCAGGGGUUCAUCCUGAACAAUUUUUGUUCUACGAGUUUUGAAAAUUCACGAAAUUGUUCAGAAUUACCCCCUAAGUCACCCCCUUCCGGCUUAGUAUACCCUUUUCUAUGUACAUAAUUAGUAUUAAUUAAUUGAGUGACGCUUUGUUUUCGUAGUGUAAUUUAUAUUUUUCUUUUACUUAAGUACUUGCAAUGGAAUUAUCUAAUCGUAAUUUACAAUCUAUUUCGCCUACUGUGCAUAUUUAAUUACAAUUUAUUUAGGUUGUAACCUACUGUUAUUAAUUAAUUACUUAAAGCAUUGAAGUCCAAGCUAAUUCGUUAGUUUAUGUGGUUAAUAUAUCAUUCAAUCAUCACAUAAUUUUACCUACUCUGUAACAUAAUAAUAUUUGCAAUAUAAUUUUCAUCACACAAAAUGUAUUUAUUUAAAUGUAAUAUUUUUAUAGGUAAUAAAUAAAUAGUGUAGGAUAUUUUUA